UUGUAGGACAGGAAAGAAAGGUUCCUGCUUUGGUGUAAAAUGGAGUUCAUUAGUAAACUCUAGAAUGAAAUUUCACUAUGAAGCAUGGGGAUUAAGGAAAAAAAAAAGGAUGUCCUUAAAGAAGCAGUUUGCGCAAGUGCUACUGUGCUAGAAGAUGAACCACUCAACAUACAAGGAUACACGAAGCGACACAGAUUUUUAACCAUCACAUAUAUUGCCAUGAUUGGCCUUCAGUUCCAAAUCAUCAUCACAUAUAUUCCCUAGAUUGGCAAAUACAAAGCAGUGUCUUGAGUUCCUUUGUGAGAGUAUUACUUUCGGUGGCAAGUGAUGGUUGUACAUAUCACUCAUACAGUCAUACCGCACAACCAAUGCAGCUACUGCCUAAUUGUAUCCCUUUGAUCACCUGGAAACCAUGGUUACCUUUUCCUGCCAACCAUCAUGAAUGCCAAGCUCCCUUGAUCAAAAUGUUUCUUCCGUGUGAUUGUCACCUUGCUACCAAGCGCGACGAAAUCAUCUUCUGGGUGGCAGGAGCCUGGCUUAUACAGAACUAAACACAGCAGUUCCUCGAAUUGGGAGGUGAUGACUUUGGAGCGUGCCACUGCCAAAGGGCAUCAAAUGCGCUGGAAGCCUGAAUCUUUCCCCAUGCGUUGCAUUUCAAGAUGGGGGUUGGCAUUAUGUACGGUAACCGUGACACCGGUUAUCACAGGCUAGAAUCCAGGUCCGUGGCUGACCCUGGCGGGGGCUCAUAGUUUGUAGCUCAUUUUUGUCCUUCUACAGAUAUUAUGUGAAAAGCCAUCAGAGAAGCGUAGGUUGGAUUUCUUUGUAUCGAGACCAAGAAAAAUGCAUCGGAGUGGUUCCAGUUUGCAGCCUCAAAUGCACUAGUUCAGUCUGCCAAUGUCCGGCCUCAAAUUGUGUACCAUGCAUGUCCCAAAGACAAAUCCACAAUCCUGAACAGACCUUAUGGUGUGAUGAGGCUGUUAAAUGAACACUGAGGCACCAAUUCACGUGCCUUGUUGCCAGACUGACAGGUAUCGUGCACUCCCCGAGUCCCAACCGGGAGCCGCCAGCUCGCCACGACCCCACUCGCCGGGUGAUCCAAGCCGGAGUCGACGCGCUCGUCCUCGACUCACCUGCCCUGCCGUGUAAUUUUCCACGACUAGCUCCCGCCCCCGCGCUCUCGGGCGCACCAUUCCCACACGCAUCCUCGAUCAGGUCAGAGUUGCCUUCCCAACCAACAACCCCAGAGGCCCGGACAAGUGCUCGUGUUCCGUUCCAGCUCCAACCCCAGCGAAGCCACCACCUCCUCCGUCUCCCUCCGGUCCGCGGCUCUCCUCGGUGCUCGCUCGUCUCGUCUCGUCCCGCCAAUCAUUUCGCUCGCUAGCUUCCAUAAUCCGUAGUUCCAUCGCAGCCGCCGCGGCACAUGACACCGCGGCCCGCCGGCUCCUCUUUCUUUCUUAUAUAGCCGCGGGUGAUGAUGAUGAUGAGGCCGCAGGGUGCUGGGCUGCUGGUUCGGUCGUCGCUGGGAGCGGGGGGAAGCGCGCGGCCGGCGACGGCGGCCAAAAUGAAGACGGCCACCUCGCUCCUCCUCGGCGCCGCGCUCGCCACCGCCUCCUUCCUCCUCUACACCUCCCUCUGCCGCGACCUCGGCGCCGCCAACGGGUCGACGCCGCAGCGGUGGGACCAUCAGCGUGGGAGGGAAGCCGAGGCGGGCGCCGCCGCUGGUGAUCGGGAGGUGCUGCACCUCAACCCCACGCAACAAGAAGGUGUCGCCAAGGAGGUGGUGGUGACGCGCAGCGAUGGCGACGGCGCAUCAAGAGAGGAGAAAGGCCGGGACACGGGGAAAAAGCAGCGACCGCAGAUUGUGAUGCCUGCGAAUUCAACUCCAACGCAGCAGCAGAAGCAGCAGCAGGAGGAGACCCCGUCCCAGGACCUCGCGGACCUGCUCCGGCGAGCUGCGACGGCGGACAAGACGGUGCUGAUGACGGCGAUCAACGAGGCGUGGGCGUCGCCGGGUUCCUUCCUGGACCUGUUCCUGGAGAGCUUCCGGCACGGCGAGGGCACGUCGGACCUGCCGCGCCACCUCCUCAUCGUGGCCAUGGACGGGAAGGCCUACGAGCGCUGCCUUGCCGUGCACCCCUUCUGCUACUGGUUCCGCGUCGCCGGCAUGGACUUCGCCGGCGAGCAGAAGUACAUGAAGGGCGACUACCUGGAGAUGAUGUGGCGGCGGAACCGGCUCCAGCAGCGCGUCCUGGAGCUCGGCUACAGCUUCCUCUUCACGGACGUGGACAUCCUCUGGUUCCGGUCCCCGUUCCCGCGCCUCCUCCCCGCCGCCGCCGGCGAGGCGCAGGUGGUGAUGUCGUCGGACUUCUUCGUCGGCAACCCGGACUCACCGGGGAACUACCCCAACGGCGGCCUCCUCUACGUCCGGUCGUCGCCGGCCGCCGUGGCGUUCUACGAGCACUGGCAGGCGUCGCGGGCGCGGUUCCCGGGGAAGCACGAGCAGUUCGUGUUCGACAGGAUCGUCAAGGAGGGGGUGCCGCCGCGGAUCGGUGCGCGGGUGCGGUUCCUGGACACGGCGGUGUUCGGGGGCUUCUGCCAGCACGGCAAGGACCUGGGCAGGGUGGCCACCAUGCACGCCAACUGCUGCGUCGGGCUGGACAACAAGCUCUUCGACCUCAGGAACGUGCUCCAGGACUGGAAGGAGUACAGGGCGCGCGUCGCCGGCGGCGGCGCGCGGGGGUUCUCGUGGAGGGUGCCCGGGAGAUGCAUACACUGAGAAUAGCUACUACAAUUGCAGUUCAUUUUUGUAAUGAGUAUAUACACAUUUGCAAAGAUCCCUUUUUUUUCUUCAGAUAGCAAAAAUUGAAAUCAAGCAGGAAUAUGCAUGAACAUUCAAGGCUACAGCCAUGGUUGAUCUA